AUGAUUGUCCGGAGAUUUGGAGUGCGGCACAGCCGCCAAUUGCUCGCCCUGAGUCGCCGGUCUCCGAUCUCAAGUCGCUUUCUAUCCACCGAAGCCCCAAUCACAACACAAGCUGAGGCCACUGUUGAGUCGACAAAUCCUCUCCAUGAGGUGGUCCAAGCCACACAAAACCCCAAGAGCCUCGCACAGAAGCAGUUCAGGAAAGAGGAGCAGCAACGAAACAAAUUCAACAAACUCGGCAGCUCCGUCACAGAAUCCCAUGACCCCGAAGGCAUCCUCAGGAACCCACCCCGUCCCUCCGACAUCACCUUGGAACUCCUCCUGGCAGCAGGUACACACCUGGGCCACUCAACCUCGCGCUGGAACCCCCAGAACUCGCGAUACAUCUUCGGUAUCCGUGAGGGUGUGCACAUCAUCUCGCUCGACGUGACAGCCGCGUACCUGCGUCGUGCCGCAAAGGUCGUCGAGGAAGUCGCCGCGCGCGGCGGAAUCAUUCUUUUCGCUGGUACACGAAAGGGUCAGAAGCGGUCGAUUGUUCGUGCUGCUGAGCUGGCGGGCGGAUAUCACAUCUUCGAGCGGUGGAUCCCGGGCUCCCUGACGAACGGACAGCAGAUUCUGGGCCACUGCGAGACAAAGGUUGUGAAUGCUUUGGAUGAGGAGUUGCCCGAGUUCAAGGCGGAUCUUGCGGAUCGGUCGUCCAUUAAGCCUGAUCUGGUUGUUUGCUUGAACCCACUGGAGAACGUUGUUUUGCUGCAUGAGUGUGGAUUGAACAAUGUUCCGACCAUCGGUAUCAUUGAUACUGAUGCGGACCCUACUCGUGUCACAUACCCUAUCCCCGCGAACGAUGAUUCCCUGCGCGGAACCAAUCUGAUUGCCGGUAUCCUUGGUCGCGCUGGCGAGGCGGGUCAGAAGCGACGCUUGGAGAUGGCUCGUGAGGGCAGGACUCUUUACAAGCCCAUCACGGCUACUGAGCUGCGUCUGGAUCCGUUUACGGGUCAGACCGCUCAGACCGCUGGUGGUGAGCAGGCUAAGGAGCAGUCUGCGCCCCAGACCAAGCGGGAGUAA